AUGAUGACAGGAAUUCGGGGAAUGAUUACAACAACAGCUUCAAGGGUUGUACCUUUGGCCAUUGGUUCUACCUUCUGUAGUUACCAUUUAACCCACUCCGUCAUCCGUACUGGCCUCUCUGGGAAGCUCUUUCACAGAUUGUUUCCUUCAUCUCUUCAUUACUACUCCACCAAGUCGACCUUCAAGGAGUUAUUUAUGCGAGGGCAAGAGGAGAAGAAGUUUGAGAAGUCUCCAAAGCUCUUCCACUCUACAAUUGAAGAACGAUCCAACCAGCAGACUUUACUACUAACUAGUAAAUACAAAUUUGAAAUCUUGAAUGUCGAAGUUCACGUGCCUGAUGUCUCUUUCUUUGAUGAGGAUGCUGCUCAAGGUGAAGAAGAGGUGCCCUUUUUUCGUGUGGAAGACGAUUAUUACAAUUAUUGUAUGGAAAAGACAGAACAUUUUAGUAUACCUUUUGUUGCUAAAGUCACAUAUGAUAUUGGGAAAGGGUUGUCUUUUAAGUUAAGGUGUACUGCCUAUCAUGACAAGAUCUCUUUGGACUGCUUGACUAAAAAUAAUUGUGCAUCUUUCAAUCAAACAGAUAAUGACAUGAUUGCAACUCUGCACAAGACUUAUCUUAUGUAUCUAAAAGUCAGAGGAAUUACGCCAGACAUAAUCUAUUACUUGCAUGAGUUGAAGGUUGAACUAAAUAAAGUCAAACGGAGUUUUGCUGAAGAAUCUCAAAAGCUUCCCCGUAGGUCUAUAAACUCUGAAGAGCUGUACCGGCUAUUUGUUUCAUCUCUUUUUGAUUACUGCCGCAGGUGGCGCUUUGAUGUACAUACACUACUCGAUGAGUCCAAUUCAAAGAAAAAGCAGCUGAACAAAUGCAUGUAUUUUUUGAGCCGGAAAGACAAAAUCGAAACAAUUGAUGUUGAAAUUCUUAAUGCUGGUGACGUUAGUGCUGAGUCGAGCAAUGAUAAGACACAGGAGAACCUAUCCGUUGUCUUUAGUAUCUCAAUAAGGGGAUUGUUUUUAUCGUUGUAUUGUACUGUUUAUCCCGACAAGAUUUCUCUUGAGAGCUGGAGUGUUGAAGAAAAUAGUGAUCGUCAUUCUAGAAUACCUUAUCGAGGCUCCUUAUGUAGGGUAUCUAUUGGUUCUGGUGAUGAUGAAUUACAGGAUGAGGAUUCCUUGUACUGA